AUGUCGUCAUUUGCACCCCUCGACUUGAGUAUAGCUAAUGGGCCGGCCGAUAAGAAGAGGGUCGCUUACUUUUACGAUUCCGAUGUGGGCAACUAUGCCUAUGUCGCAGGCCAUCCCAUGAAGCCUCAUCGGAUCCGGAUGGCCCAUAGCUUGGUUAUGAAUUACGGUCUAUAUAAGAAGAUGGAAAUAUACCGUGCAAAACCCGCAAACAAGUUCGAAAUGACCCAGUUCCACACCGAUGAAUAUAUUGAUUUCCUUGCUAAGGUUACGCCUGACAACAUGGACUCUUACGCCAAAGAGCAAAGCCGAUACAAUGUCGGCGACGACUGUCCGGUAUUUGAUGGCCUCUUCGAGUUUUGCGGGAUUAGUGCUGGAGGAAGUAUGGAAGGCGCUGCGCGCCUGAACCGAAAUAAAUGCGACAUUGCAGUAAACUGGGCCGGCGGCCUUCAUCAUGCAAAAAAAAGCGAAGCUAGCGGCUUUUGUUACGUGAACGAUAUCGUGCUUGGAAUUCUCGAACUUCUCCGUUUCAAACAAAGAGUUCUUUAUGUCGAUAUCGAUGUCCACCAUGGAGAUGGAGUAGAAGAAGCAUUUUACACAACCGACAGAGUCAUGACGGUUUCCUUCCAUAAAUAUGGCGAAUAG